AUGCUGCAGAGGGGCUCUUCUUCAGCUUUGCGCGCCGUUGCGCCCACUGUCACACGCCCCACCACUCAAAGCGUCCAGCGAUCCUUCUCUUCGACGCGGCUAACUUCCACUGAUGUCGACAAUGCAACUUUCGGCGAACAACACAUUGCAAAGGGCAUUGGGCGCCUCACGAAGCAUGUUUUCGAAGAAGGCAGGGGCACUUAUAUCACCACCGACAAAGGUGUCAAGCUGCUCGACAUGACAGCUGGGAUUGGCGUUGUGAACCUUGGCCACUGCCAUCCCAAAGUCAGCGCCGCUGCCGCCGCACAAUGCAGCAAGAUUACCCACGCCCAAGUCAACAUUGGAUUCAGCUCUGCGCAAAUUGCACUUCUCAAAGAGCUGAUCCCCAUCCUCCCUCAUAAAUCUCUUGACACAGUCUUUCUUUGGAACUCUGGGGCAGAGGCAGUUGAGGCAGCUGUGAAAUUGGCUCGCGGCGCUACGAAGAAACCCAACGUCAUCGUCAUGCAAGGCUCUUACCACGGCCGUACAAACGCCACGGCCUCAAUGACACGGUCCAAGACCAUCUACGGCGAGGGUCACGGACCAUUGAUGGGUGGUGUCUUUGCGACCGCGUUCCCUUACUAUAGCCAGUUUGGCGGCGCUACGCCAGACACUCCUACAAGCGAGCUCGUUAAUCAGGCGCUACUUCAGGUGAAGCUCACACUGCAGCAGCAGACAUCACCCUCGGACACCGCCGCUAUCAUCCUCGAGCCGGUUCUUGGCGAAGGUGGUUACGUCCCAGCGCCUGCAGCGUUCUUGCAUGGCCUGAGAAAGAUCUGUGACGAUAACAAGAUUCUCCUCAUUGCGGAUGAAGUGCAAUCUGGCAUGGGUCGCACAGGGCACAUGUUUUUUGUAGAGGAAUCUGGUGUUCGGCCUGACAUUCUGAUCUUUGCCAAAGGUAUCGCCAAUGGCUUUCCACUCUCUGGAAUCGCGAGCUCAAGGGAGCUCAUGGAUCUGCAGAAGCCAGGUUCGAUGGGCGGUACAUAUGCUGGCAACGCUGUUGCUUGUGCCGCUGCCAAAGCGGUCAUUGAGGCGUUCCGUGAGGAGAAUAUCCUUGACAACGUGGCCGCGCGUUCCCGGCAGAUCUUCUCUUUCCUUGAGGACCUGAAAUCUUCAGGUACAAAAGCCGGCAACUUGAUUGAAGAUGUCCGUGGGAAGGGGCUCAUGGUCGGUGUCCAAUUUGCGAACACAGAACUUCAACAUGACUCUUCGAACGCUGCAUCACGACAAGCAAGUGCUCAGCCGCAAAUCGCACCAAAGGUGGUUCAAGAGUGCAUCAAGCGGGACAUGCUACUUCUCAGCACAUCAGUAUUCGAUGUUCUGAGGUUCAUACCGCCGCUUACAAUUAGCGAAGAUGAGAUGACCCAGGCAUGCAAGAUUUUCAAAGAGUCCUUGGAAGCAGUUGCGGAGGGUUUAUAA